UUAGAUAGAAGCUUCAUUGUAUCUAGAAACUUCGGUAGGAAGCUCUCACACCGGUGGUAUCAACGUGGAGUCAAAUGAGACCAAAACACAGUGGCAUUUGAAUUGCACAUAUGAUAGAUUUCAUUCAUGUUUCGGACAUCAAAUUUACUGUCAGCAAGCGAGACAUUUUCAUUGUAAACUACUCUAAUUUACGUUGAAAGAGGGAAAUUCAAAGUUGGGUGCAAGAGGGCAAACAAACUGACCUAAUCCACAUAUGCAAAAUAAAGUCGUUUCUAGCCACAAAUUACAUAAUCUCUUUACAUUGCCAGCAAAUUCCUGAGAAGAUAAGUGUGGAUACGGUUGGAAAUUCACUGAGAUUUUUGCCAAUUAAAGGAAAGGUAAACUUUUAGUUAUGGAAAUAAUAAGAGGUUGUAUUUUUGAGCUGGCCUGUCUCCAACACAAAUAGAAGUACAAAUUAAUAUUGAAAGAAAAAAAAAAAAAAAAAAAAACCGAUUUUUGCUGUUGUUAAAAGAAAGAAGAAUGCCUGGAUGUCCCUCCAUAUUUAGCAACCUUGACCUAGUCUGUUUUGGCUGUCCGAACUCAAUGGUUUGGAUAGAGGGAGCAAGCAAAAGAAACAAUGUGAGGGAUCAAGUUCUUGAAGGACCAGAACCUAGCAUUCUGGUUUUUCCAGAGCCAAGGCUGUUUUCAUAACGUAUCAAAUCGAUAUCCCCCGUUUGUCUAACCAAUUUCUCAGGCUUGUUUCGUCUGCACUUGUUGGUUUCUUGGAUCGAAGCGUACCAAAGUUUUGAAUUUUUUUGGUAUGUUGUGACUGGUUUUUUUCCAGGAAUCCAUGCAAGAUUUGGAUGACAAUUUGAAGGUGGUUGCAAUCGGAUUAGAGUUGACGAGGGAAAGAAAACGAUGAAUUGCUUCCAAUGUUGCAUUUCAGAAGAGAAAAACGCCAGGAAGUCGUUGAAAAAGAGUAUUAAGGAAUACCAUGACACCAAAACUUUAGCCUCUUUCGCUAACAUCUCCUUCAAAACUGAUAGCAGCAGGAGGAAGUACAUAGCUGAAGAGAUCGCAAAGGUUGGGAAAGGAAACAUUACGGCUCAGAUUUUUACUUACCGGGAACUUUGUGUUGCAACUAACAACUUCCAUCCAGACAAUUUGCUUGGCGAAGGCGGUUUUGGGAGGGUUUACAAAGGGAAAUUUGAAGGCACAGAACAAGUUGUUGCUGUUAAGCAACUAGACAGGAAUGGAUUCCAAGGAAACAGAGAGUUUCUUGUAGAAGUUUUGAUAUUAAGUCUUCUUCACCAUGCCCACCUCGUCAAUUUGGUUGGAUAUUGCGCGGAUGGUGAUCAGAGGAUUUUGGCGUAUGAGUACAUGGCCAAUGGAUCCCUAGAGGACCAUCUUCUUGAUUUAGCUCCAGGAAAAAAGGCCUUGGAUUGGAAUACUAGGAUGAAAAUUGCAGCGGGGGCAGCAAAGGGACUUGAAUACUUGCACGAACAAGCAAAUCCUCCUGUGAUAUACCGGGAUUUCAAAGCUUCCAACAUACUCUUGGAUGAGAACUUCAAUCCAAAACUCUCCGAUUUUGGUCUUGCAAAGUUAGGUCCAACUGGCGAUAAGACUCAUGUAUCCACCAGGGUGAUGGGGACCUACGGCUACUGUGCACCUGAAUAUGCACUAACAGGGCAGUUGACAACGAAAUCCGACCUUUACAGCUUUGGAGUUGUGUUUUUGGAGAUUAUCACAGGACGGAGAGUCAUAGACAAUAAUAGACCAACUGAAGAGCAGAAUUUAGUUACUUGGGCACAACCAUUAUUUAAAGACAGAAGGAAGUUUACGUUAAUGGCAGAUCCAUUGCUAGAAGGGAAGUACCCUAUCAAGGGUCUUUACCAAGCUCUUGCUGUUGCAGCAAUGUGUCUCCAAGAAGAAGCUGCUACACGACCGCUGAUCAGUGACGUUGUAACGGCGUUAACGUAUUUAACCUUAGAUGGUGAAGCAGGGUGAUACGGAUGCUGAUGGAAAUGUCGACACUACUGAUGGUGCUGGUGUUGAACGACAGACAUAAUGAGAAAAGAAGCCUAUGGAAUUUAACGUUUCAUGAAAUCUAAAUGUGAUCAUAUCAUGUUGUGUUGUUGCUAGAUAGGCUGCUCUGUGAAAUACCAACUCCUUGCCAUUACCAAUAAAUCACUUCUCUCCAUAUUUGGUGUUAGCAUGCUGGUGAUAUUUUUUGUGGUCAUUCUGUACGUUGAUUUAGAAGCUGGGACUUGUGACACAAGAAUUGUAAGUUCGAUCAUAUAAGAUUUGGGGAAGGUUAAGGCACUUUAACAAGGCAGGCCCAAAUAGCCCAAAAAAAGAACAAGCCUACCCCAGUUGAAAAGGGAGCAAGAU